AAUAGCGUCACACAACAAUAAGUCAAACCUGAUUUUAAAAUUUCCCGUUUGUAUCCCGGAAAACUGUGAUGGCUAGGAGAAAAAAACAUAUAUUUUAAAGUAGUAUGCACAUUUGGUUGACUAUUUAAAGAUAGUUAUGGCUUAUAUUUACUUAAGAUCGGUGUAUGCGACUUUUAUACUUACACUUUCUUCGUACAUUGAAUUUGUCUUGAUAAGGGGUUCUCACCACUUAUCCUUACUGCCAUGAAGUACCAAUUUGCCUGUAAUCAGUCAUGUGACGUAUUAUGAAAAGCGAGAACCCGAGAAACAUCACUGCAGUAGUAAAAGUGUUUUAUAAACGCUUUUUAUGGAGAGAGCCUCAUGAGGAAAGUGGAGACCUUGAUCUUCGUUGGACUCUAAAACAAAGCAGGUCAGAAGAUGGAGAAUAACGCAUCCGAAAAUCUAAACGUCCCCCCAGCAUUGCUGGCUUGUAGGGAAUCGGUACCUGGUUUGAGAGAACCACAUCAUGCGGCUGGAGCUGAGACUGCUGAACCAGAGAGGGAGGCUUUCUCAACGGAUCCCAGUGAUCGCUCCAUCUCAAGCCUCUCUUCUUCUUUCUCGUCGAUGUUUCAACCUCUUUCUUCAUCUUCAUCAUCUUCCCGUGGCUCAGUCCUGUCUCUGUCGCCACCCUUGCCUCCUUCUGUGGAGCUUUCUGCAAUCAUGACAGACACCAGGCUGACCCUGGAUGUUUACCUAGGAGGAGCAGCUGCGUUGCCCUUGGUAUGGGGGUAUGACCCUGAUCAUCUGAGGGGCAUCAAGUACCUCAGACUGGGCUCCGAGGACAAACCUGGGCUUGAUGCUGCACUGGAUGUCCUUCCCCAUAUGACAGGGCUUCACUCUUUGGCCAUCCGGGGACAUCGUUUUUAUGACUCACGAGGUGAUCCCCUGCCUGGAUUCCUCACCAGUUUGCCAGACUCCACGUCAAAUCUGUCUCACCUGAAAUAUGUGGAUCUCUCUUUCAACCAGCUUACCUGUAUGCCAUCAUGCCUGCUCCAACUGCCGGCACUGUCCAUGUUGCUUCUCUGCCACAACCACAUCUCAGCUUUGCCUCCAAAUCUAGGCCAAUUAUCAUCCUUAACCUACCUGUCUCUGAUGGGGAAUAAAUUGGUGUCUGUUCCCCCAAGCGUGGGCCAACUAAAAGCGCUGCAGAGGCUCGAUGUAUCAAAUAAUGUUCUCCAGCAUCUGCCUGAUGAAAUUGGUUUCCUGGGGGAGCUUGUUAAGUUGGAAUUGUCUCGUAACAAGCUGAAAUGGCUUCCAGAGAGCAUGGGCUCUCUUGUUUCUCUCAGGGAACUAGUCAUUUACAGCAAUGAGUUCCGGGUAAUUCCAAAAUGUCUGAAUGAACUCCCUCUGCUUACAAUGGACGUUCGCGAUAAUCCUUUGGGAAAACCUCCGACGCCGCCUCCUUUGCCUCCCGCACCGGAUCACCCAAAAAUCCCAAAGUUGCAUCUUAGAUUCAACAAGCACAGCUUCUUUGUUUCGUCUGCUGGUUGCCAAGUGUUUCUCCCAGGAGGGGCUGAGCUGUUGUUCCCCCCUGGAUGCCUGAUGACAACCACCAAACUCAUGUGGGGUGAGAAAAGGCCAAACAGGAAGUGGGUGUGGCUGGAGGAACACGACAUCCUCCUGAGUCGGCCCCUGGAGCUUCGUCCUCAUGGUGUUACGUUUUUAAAGCCUGUGGAGGUGUGUGUGCCGUAUCAUCGGACCAAACGAGGGGAGGUGGUGUUGCGCAUGUUUGAUGGGCAGACAUGGAGCACUCUGCCCACUGAACUCAGGAGAGGAAGUGAGGAGCAUUGUUGUCAUCCUGGGGGACGUCCAGCCAGGCUGGCAUGUUCCUCUGUGAGCCACUUCUCUUGGUUUAUGGCAGUGUCCAGACCGGUAAGGGAUACUUGCUCUGUCACACCAGCAGGAGCUCUUCUGGUGUCCAGCUCCAACCCUGGAAUAAAGCUUCACUUCCCUCCUGACUCCACUGCACAGACUCGCACUAUAACCCUACAGGUGCUGCAGGUGUCUGAGUUUGAGGUGCAGGCUCUGUGUGGCGAUCCUCAGGCCAGAGUCAGCCCCCUCCUCUGCCUCUCCCAGACUCCUACCUCACAGUUCCUGCAGCCAGUUAAAGUCCAGAUCCCUCUGCCACCCGGAAUCACAGGGCAUGAAGCCGAUGUGUCUCAAUUACAUGUGCUUCACGGAGAUCCAGCUGCUCAAACCUGGACUGACAUUACAUCACAAGUGUCUCUGUAUGUUACCCAUCUGUACGCCAUUUUCUACAUUACCCACUUCUCCUGGUACUGGCUGUGGUACACUACGCAGCGUUGUGUUAGCGGGGUGGUCAGGAAGGUUUAUCAACGGUUAAAACAAUUUAAAGUCCAGUUUCUCGUCCUCCAGCGGAAGACGGAUCCCGCUCAGGUUCUGCUGCAGUGCCUGCCUGCUAACAAGAUGGAGGGCAGAGUUCAGUCUUUGUCUGAGCAAUAUGAUGGACCUCACCCCUCAGACCUGUGUGACCUGCUGGAAGGAGAGCAGUUCUUCGCUGGUUUUGAGAAGGGCUUAGACAUCGUCACAGACCGGCCGGAUUGUGUUGAGGGGCGUCUAUGUUUUGUGUUUUACUCCAGUCUGAAAAAUGUGAAGGAAGUGUACAUUUGUUCUACUCAGGGGCAAAAAGGGCCGGUGAGAGGACAGGUGUCAUUCUACAGAGGGGAGAUUCCCAGUGAUCUGCCAGACAAAGUAGCCAAAAAGAGGAAAGGACUUGACACCCAGUGGCUCGCUACUUUACCAUUAAGACUUCCUGCACUGAAUUCAGACAACAGUUUUAACAUGGAGGAGCUUCAAUAUCCUCCCCUGAACCUGGGUGACCCAGAGAGUGGUUACCUUACAGAAGCCAACCUGCUGUCCAUCUCCCUGCAGAUUGGACGGGACUGGCGUGUCAUUGGUAUUAACCUUGGGAUGAGCUAUGAAGAGUUGGACCGCAUAGAGUACAAACAUAGGGACAACCUGGGUGCCUUAGUGCUGGACAUGCUGUUUCACUGGGCCCGAGGACAGAGGAAUGCAGGACCUGGGUCAGUGUCCAGGCUCAUGGCCGCUAUGACAGAAAGCGGCAGGAGGGAUCUGGCAGAGGAGAUCGAGGACAUAGUCAGUCUUGGAAGGAGAAAGUACACAGAGUCGCUGAAGAGAGUAGGUCUGGAAGCAGAGAGCUCCUCUGUUGGGGAAGCACAGCAGUAGAUCAGCCCACACUGGGCGCAGAUGGCUUCUUUACAUUUGAGCAACCUGCUUGUUUACACUGAGGCCCCAUCAUCCUGUCCGGCUCUCUGAUCAACUGUCAUAAUGUGCAAAACCGUCUGAGAUACCAGCCUCCAAAUGAUGGGGCUUUUAUAAGACUUUUUUUUUUUUAAGUCAACAGCAUUAGGACCAGUUUCACGGUCGGCUGCCAUUUUGAAGAUUCAAUUUAGAAAGCAUAACGCUACUUCUAAUGUAAUAUAUUUGUAUUUUUAGAAUUAUCCAUAACUUUGUGUAAAUAUUUUUGACUCGGGGAUCAAAAUAUUUCUGAAGUGCUUUUGACUGGCAUCUACAAUUGUUGAAGAUCAUUUGAUAGAAAACUGGGAUAAUUGAGGGGUUUUUUUUGUCCUGAAAAUUAUGUUGGUAAUAAAAAGAAAUAAUGCUCCAAUGCAAUUUACAAAAUGUGACCAUAUGUUGUCAUUUAAUGAUAAUAAGUAAUUUGGUUAUUUAUUAGCUCCCUAUUAUUAUAGUUUAUUAGCCAAAUUUAAAUGUUAUGAAUAAUGAUCACAUUCAUCUUCUGGAAAAGCCUACUCAAAUUUCUUUCAUAAAUCUGAUCGAGAAUCUGUGAAGGAAGCUAAAGAUUAAAAUGAUAGCAAGGAGGCCUUCCAACCUCCAAGAGGUAGUCAUCACAGAUAAAUCCUCAAAAUUGCAUUGGUAACAUGUAAAAGCUUUACAGCAAUGAUUAAAAGUGU